GGAGCACAGUGGGUACAGAGCAGGGCAGUGCAGAUCUCCACGAGGUCUUCAGCCCAGCCAAGUCUCCACAUGGGGUCUUGCAUGGGUCUGCCUCUCAUGUGGCCUCUCCUGUGCUUCCCCCACAGGCGAGAGCCUGAGCCCGAGCCGCGGGGCAGCCAAGAGGAAGAAGAAGCAGAGGAGGAACCGCACCACCUUCAACAGCAGCCAGCUGCAGGCUCUGGAGAGGGUCUUCGAGAGGACACACUACCCCGAUGCCUUCGUGCGGGAGGAGCUGGCGAGAAGGGUCAACCUCAGCGAGGCGAGAGUCCAGGUCUGGUUUCAGAACCGGAGGGCCAAGUUUCGCCGUAACGAGAGGGCGAUGCUGGCCAACAGAUCAGCAUCGCUCCUCAAAUCCUACAGCCAAGAAGCAGCCAUCGAGCAGCCCAUGGCGCCGCGGCCCACGGCACUGACCCCAGAGUAUCUGUCCUGGACCAGCUCCUCUCCAUACAGCACUGUGCCCUCCUACAGCUCCAGCGGGACUGCAACACCCACCCAAGGGGUGAACAUGGCCAACAGCAUCGCCAGCCUGCGCCUCAAAGCCAAAGAGUUCAGUCUCCAUCAGAACCAAGUGCCGACCGUGAACUGACCAGGGCAAAGCCCACCCCGUGGCCUCAUCCAGGAUACAGCGUGGAGCUCCUGUGCCGGUCCAGGACGAACCCAACCCACACGCCACUCAUCCAAUGUCUCAGCACCUCUUUUCUCCUCUUCUCUUCCCUUUUGAAGGUAGAGUCAGUCCCAGGCCGAAGUGGCACAUAAUUAUAGCCACAUAUGGAGCAAACUUGGUUAGAAACUUGCUUUUCCGCACACCCUUAUAAUAAAGGCUAUAUAUACACACACAUACCCCCCACACGCUCUUCGAGGACAAACAGACUUGCCAAGGGAACAAGAAUUUGCUUCCAAACAUGGAAGGAUCUUGGACUAUUGGAUUUGACCAAUUUGG